AUGAGUACAAAUGAUGAUAAUUCAUCAACUUCGAAAAUAAUACAACCACAGCAACAGCAACAGCAACAGGCAGAAACUACCAAAGUUGAAAGAAAUAUAUUUAAAGAGGAUAUUGUUACAUUUAUAAAUCCUACUCAUCAGUCUCAAGAAUUUGGUGUUGUUGCUAAACUAUCUUGGGAAGAUAAUGAUAAUUUAGAUGAUGAUGACGAAGAGGAUGAUGGUAAAGAUGAUAAAGAUAGUGAAGAUGAAGAGUUAGAUGAUGAAGAUGACGACGACGACGAAGAAGAUGGCGACGAUUGUGAAAAUGAAGAUAGUUUAAACAGUGAGGAUAGUGAUUCAUUCGUUGAUAUGGACGAAACAAUCAAUACCUAUAAAUUCAAGAAUCAAGUCAGUGGUGUUCUCAUUCAGAAACCGGAUGGAUCGUUGCUCGAGUUGGACUUUAGCGAGUUGACGAUGGUCGAUCGAACACUGUACAUCGGUGACAACGUUCAGAGGAAUCAGAGUGAUAGCGCACAACUCGGAAAGGUUCUCUCAAUGAAAAAGACCUAUCACGUAAUACCCUUUGAAUUCCUGAAUACUCUGAUCGACACAACCCGAACCUUUGACGAGACUUGGUUCGUUACCACCGAUCAUGUAAGACCACCAACCGAGUAUCAAUACGGUGUAUUAGUAAUGGAUCAAGAAUCAAAAGUUAUAGGUAGUAUUACAGAGGAUAGAGUUGAAUUAAAGAUAAAAUCAUUGGAUGAUCCAAAUUUAGUUGGAAAUUUCUUAAUGAGUAAAAUGAUUAAAGUGGAAGGUCUAUACGAUGAAUCGGUUUGCAAAGGUAAAAUAGUUAAUAGUGUCAGAGGAAAAGGUUUGAUUAUGGAUGUUAAAUCUGUCAAUGUCGAUGUCAAUUGGUAUUUCUAUAUCGAUUUAGAUGCAGAUGAACCAAAUCCAAAACAAAAGACACAAGAUGUCAUUUUAAUUAAAGAUGAUUAUGAUUAUUCUAUUAUGGGUGAAUCAGUUUUAUAUAGAGAUAAAGAAGGUGUUGAACAGGGUGGAAUGGUUUGGUAUACAGAGACAAAAUAUAAGAUAUUGUGGCAAGAUGGUUUGGUUACUUUGGAGGCAUCGUUGGAUUUGACAUGCGUGGAUAAUCUAUCGACUGAUUACUUCCCGGGUGAUGUGGUAGAGCCUGCCGAGAAGGAGAAGAAAACAAAGUGGGGUGUCAUCAAACAGUAUAACCCUGAGAAGCGUACUUGCUCAGUUUAUUGGAAGUCAAAGAGCGAUAGUGAGUUGCCGGUGGAAUUGGAGGAGGAUGUAUCGGUCUAUUUGAUAGAGUAUAUUGAAGAUGAUAAUAUCGAUGAAUCCGACUUUGUACUGAGAAAAGACAGUGCUAGCAUUAAUCCAUUGGCCGACGUAGUUGGACAGGUCAUCGGUAAAUCCAAUGAGACUUGUCAGGUCGUUGUCAGAUGGAACAAUGGAUGCGAGGAGACUCUAUAUCCACAGGAUUUGGCUGUCGUCGAGCAAGACGAUGAAGAGGUGGAUGACGACGACGAUCAAGAUAGCGACACAAUGGAUGCAUACGAUCCUGCUGACUACGAAGAUGACAUCAACGACGAAGCCAACAUCAGUAAAGUUGCAAGAAGAAUGAUGGAUCACGAGGAUGAACUGGUCAAAGCGCAUCAAACAACCGGUAACAGUUUCCUUCAAAAUGUUUUAAACUAUAUUAAAAAGUAUAAAGAUGAUAUUGGAAGAUUAGCUGGAUUAUCAAUCAACGAUAAUAACAACAACAAUAGUAAUAGUAUAGAUAAUAGUAAUAGUAAUAAUAGUAAUAAUAAUAAUAAUGUUAAAGUUAAUGAUAAAGAGGUAUUGGAAGAAUCAAGUAAAGUGGAAGAAGAAGUAGAAGUUGAUGACAACAAUGAAGAAAGAGGUGAAUUUGAAUUGUUGACAUCAAUAGAUAAUCAUGCUUUUUUCAACGAGAAAGUUUCAAUGACUUCUAAAUUUUUAAGUGCAAUCAACAAGGAAAUCAAAUUGUUGCAAACUUCAUUGCCAAAAGGUAUCUACGUUAAGGGCUACAGUGAGAGAAUGAAUCUGUUGCAAGCACUGAUAGUCGGUCCAGGCGAUACCGUCUACGAGAACGGUGUUUUCAUUUUCGAUAUCUAUUUGCCCAAUCAAUACCCAUUCGUUCCACCCAAGGUAUUCUAUCACAGCGUUACAUUCAAACUGCAUCCCAAUCUCUAUGUCAAUGGCAAUACACCAAUAACUACUUCAUCAACAGAUCCAGUAGCAAGCAAUAAUACCAACAACAAUGAAAAUAAUAAUAAUAACAAUAGUAAUCAUAAUAUUUUGGGUAUAACAUUGCCACCCUCUGAAGGUUUUAGUGGCGAUACUUUUAUUACACUCAACAAUUUACCAAUACGUAAAUUAGUUCAUCAUUUACCUUUGCUCAAAGUGGUACAAAACCAAUAUCGGUAUGAUAGUUGGCCCAGUGAUGUAUUGUCAUUUGCAGUGCAAGAGCGUUGUAGCACAGAGACCAUCAAGUUUCUGUUGGAUAACAGAACUGACCAAGAUAUCAUUCCUUCCAUUUUUAAUGCUAUUAAGAAUACAGAUAUAGCCACGAUAGACUUAAUUCUCAAAAGUGUGUCCAGCCAAUUUUUGAAUGAAAACCAAUCAAAAUUGACUAUAAAGAUUAUAGCAUCUAAUGGUGACACUGAAAUCGUCGACUAUUUACAAUCGAAAUUUAAAACAAUAGAUUGGAUUGGCAGUAUCGAAUAUGCAGCAUGUAGAAAGCAGUUUGAUAUAGUUAGAUAUCUAGUUGGUUUUAUUCCAGACAACACUAUUCUAUCAGAUAAUACAGUGGCAGCAGUUGCAAAGUAUGGUGACUUAGAAACGUUAGAAUGGUUAUUCACAAGGAAUCAAUCACAAACCAGUUGCUUUAAGGUGAUUGAUCUUGCAUCAAAACACAAUAGAUUGGAUAAUGUAAAAUGGCUUCAUGAGAAUCGAACUGAAGGAUGUUCGAAAGCAGCUAUGAUCUAUGCUUCAACCAAUGGAAACAUCCAAUUAGUCAAGUGGUUACACGAGAAUAGAACAGAAGGAUGUGAUCGAUCAGCGAUGAACAAUGCUUCAGCAAAUGGUCAUUUAGAAACGGUAGAAUGGUUAUCUCGAAAUAGAAGUGAAGGUUGUUCUGGUAGAGCAUUGAAUCAAGCAUCUUUAAACGGUCAUCUUUCAGUGGUUCAAUUCUUAUGUGCCAAUUUUAUCGAUAGUAUAAAAGAUCAACUUCAAGUUGCACUGAUCAAUGCUGCAAGUUUUGGACAUAUCGAUAUUGUAAAGUAUCUAUUCUCCCAUCCUUUAAUUGUAAUUGACUCAGCGAUAAACAAAGUGUUCAACUAUGACUACCCAGAGAUCAUUUAUUACUUGUUUAGAGAAAUGAAAGUAUUCUACAAGAUAGAGAGACCAUCCCAGAUUCUUGAUGUCAUUGUACUCGGUAGAUUACACGCCUUCAAAACUAUUCACCAACUUGGUCUAUGUGAUAUCAAUUCUCUUCACUUUAAUUAUGCAGCUAGCUACAAACAGUUCGAAUUCAUCAAGUAUAUUCACCAACAUGUUAGUAACAAAGUUACGAAUUAUAAAUCCAUUAUUCGGAAUGCAUUCUCCAAUGUACACAUCGACAUGAUCAGAUAUCUUAUUAGGAUUUGUCCAAACGACCUUGAAGAAAUCAUGAGUCUUUGUUUGAAUGUGAAUAGGAUCGAGUUGAUUGGUCUCUAUGAUGUCGUUGAACAGCUGCUGAUCGAAAGCAAAACAACGUUUCGAUUGGAUAUUAGACCAGUGGUCAGAAGUGGUGAUAUAGAUAUGCUCAAGUUGUUGAUAAAGUAUCAACAUAAAUAUCAGCAUGCAGAUAGAAUGUUAGGUUGUAGAGUGCGUAAGUUCCUACCCAGCACAUUUCAUUCAGAUUCAAUUAAGAACGCAUUGGACAUUGGUGAUAUAGAAAUGGCAACCUAUUUAUAUGAAGAACUCAAACUGGUCCAUACCGGUCCCAUUAAACAUCCUUUCAAAUGUCUUGAAUCAUAUCAUUUCAUAUAUGAUCGAUUUCCAAAUUUGUUAACAAAAGAUAUCAUUUUUAAAGUUGCUUCUGGUGGACAAUUGGAUGUUCUUAAGUUCUUAUUGGAAAGAAUUCAGUUAACUGUUAGUCAAGAUAUAAUUAAUAGAGCAUUUGAUUUUGCUUUGCAAUUUGGACAAUUUCCCAUGGUAAAAUAUCUUGGUUCACUUCAGAGCGAGAAGAUCUGUUCCUCACUUUCAUCCUCACUUGCCAAUAGAAAGGGAUACAGAACGGUAUACAAUUAUGUUAAAGACAAUAAUUAUAAAAUUGGUUAG